CCUGAAAUAACAACUCCUGCAGAAUUGAUGACAAGUGACACGUCAGUGAAGCCUAAACCUAUCGAAGGUAGGUUAAACCUUAUUUAAUCAGCCUCGAAUAUUUACGCACUUGAAUAUAUCACUUCUGGUUCAUCAUAUCAUAAAUUCCAAGUGUAAUUUUAUUUAGCCAUUUCACGAUAUCCAGUAUUGUUUCUCUGUUGACGCUUCCCUUGCAAUUAUUAAUUACACGUCGGUGUGCUGUUGGAUAUUCCAAAUGAUUGAGCACUCAAUUCGAACUACUACAGAAGACUUUACUUACUUCAAAUUUACAGAUGUGACAGAACCUGAAAUAACAACUCCUGCAGAAUUGAUGACAAGUGACACGUCAGUGGAGCCUAUACCUAUCGAGAUAAGUUGUUCAAUACACAAUUCCAUUGAAAAAUGCCAAAAUGCGACAACAUCAAGUGUGAAAUGUAUCUGGUCUGAAAAGGCUAAUAUCUGCAUUAACAGCGAUGAUUAUGAUGUUGAAGACACCACUUCAGAAAUAAAUGGAGGCAGUAAACAUAAUAACACACCUCGUUACUUGUAUAUCGGGAUACCAGUAGUCGUCGUCGUCGCUUUCUGUGUCAUAUGCAUCGGUUGUGCUAUUUGGAUGUAUAAGAGAAAGAAAAGUAAUCCGUGAUUUACAGAAAUGGCUUAUCGUUUGUUUUUAUUAUUUUGAUCGAGUUGUUUUAUUCUGUAUUUCAUCUGGAAACUUCUUUAUAUUCUGUUAACCGUUUCAAUUAUUUGAACAAGUUUUAUACAAUUUUCUGUUUGUUAACGUAUCGACUGAAGCCAUUCUGUUGAUUAAAUAACUGAAAUCGUUUUUGAUAUUCACCUGAAUUGUUUUUUCAUUGAAUAAAAGCUGAAUUAUAU